AUGGCUAAGCAAUUGGCUGAUGUACAGUUUCACGCCGCCGAGGACGAUGAUUUGGAAGAUAUUGACGUCAAUGUAGACCUGAUUGAAGAUGGAUUGUAUUUAGGUAACUUGGCCUGUGCAAGAGAUUACAAGAUGCUGGAGAAACUCCAGAUCACUCACAUCCUCACCAUAGAUGUGGUGCCAUUACCCAGGACAAUAUUGGAUCGUACCAAUCUUACCUUCCACUAUGUCAAGUUGGCGGAUGUACCGAAAGAGGAUCUUAUCAGCCAUCUGCCUGAAACAAAUGAGUUCAUAAAACAAGCUAUUGCUGAUGGAGGAGUAGUCUUAGUUCACUGCCACUAUGGAGUAUCCAGAUCAGCUGCAGUAGUCAUAGGAUAUAUAAUGGAGAAAUACGGACUAUGUUAUGAAGACGCAUUCAUACUAGUCAAGAGCAAGCGACGGUUCGUUGGACCAAAUGUUGGCUUCAUUGCCCAGCUGAAGCUGUUUGGUCAUAUGGGCUACGCACUCAAUAGGGAUGAUCCAAGAUUUAAACAGUUUCGGUUGAAGUUGGCGGGGCAGAAGUUGAAGCAAGUGAAGAUCCUGCCUCAGCUGUUCGCAGACCUAGUCAAGCCAGACCCAGGGUUAGUGAGGGAGAAACCGGACCCCAUUGUGUACCGCUGUAAGAAGUGUCGCCGAAUCGUUGCCAGCCAGUGCAACAUCAUACCACAUUUACCGAAAAGUGUUAAAGUUGAGCUGGCAAAGAAAGGUAUGCGACCUCCACCCAGCAAGUUAACAGGUCUGACUUGCGCAGAAAAUGGGGAGAUUCUCUUAGAGAAACUAAAGAGUUUAGCAGCACAGAUCAUGGACAUAAGUUGCGAUGAGUCGUGUGAGGACAGUCCUGGACAGAGUAACCAACAGUGUAGUGAUGAAGGCCCCAGUCAGGUUCUAGACGGCUACAGCGAAACGAACAUGGUGGACGGUCACAUAGCGGCGCGGGCGGAUCUGCCCGAGAUUUGUCGCCUCAUGUGGUUCGUGGAACCCAUGGCAUGGAUGCGUGACGUCACUCACCAGCACAGCGGAAAGCUCCACUGUCCCAAGUGCCUCAACAAGAUAGGCAGCUUUAGUUGGAUCAUGGGUUGCAAAUGCCCAUGCGGUCAGAAGGUGGCGCCCGCUUUCUACUUGGUGCCUUCCAAAGUGGAGUGGUCCAAUAUAGUGCAGAAUGUACAGAUUACAGUGUAA